UCUUCAUGAUGUUUCCCUCUCCUUGGCCUUUGAGACAACAGCAACAACUCAUCUCUGAGCUCCAUAAGGCCCCAGAACCACCACUUGGGUUCUUCACGAGGCUGCCCUCUCUGGGACUCUUGAACCUAGACCCCCAAGUCCUGGCAGGGCACCUUGGAAAAGUACUAGGUUGGGAGUUCCCAGGUGUGCCCCCCCCCCCAUCUGCUACUAAGUCCCAUCCUCCCCCACCAAGGCCUCAGUUUCUCCCUUAUGUAAAAGUCAAAAGGUUGGACCUUGUGCCUUCCAAGGCCUGUUCCAGCGCUGACAACUGCUGCUGUGUUUUCCUUUACUCUUAGCAUGGACUGUGGGUGGGGAUAGGGGCUAGAUCAGGAGUCCUCACCACCACGUGUUUUUGGAGGCAGGUUAGAGGAUUGGGGAGGGCCUAAGAGAGGAGAAGCAAGGGUCAAGUGUGGAUGGGUGGAGCUAAGACUGGGUAGGGGGCAUGUACCUAUCCUAGGCUGACAGAGACCCCUUCUUCAAUCUGGCAUGCAGAGCAGCCAUCCCACCAUCUCACCUCCAUACUCCCCUACUGAAGUUCUUUUGGCAAAGAUACUAGUCUCUGCCAGAGGUUUUCUCUCAAAAUGGAACAGAAUGGAUGCAAUCAGGCAUUUGAGGUUCCACCUCAAAUGCCAUUUGUAGCUGUGAAAACUUGAGCAAAUUAUUUCUCUCCCUUUGAGGCUGGAAAAAGAGAGUUCCAACACCCAUGCUCACUGAGAUAUGGUGGCUGUAAGUUGUGUGUGUGGCCCCAUUGUUGUUUUUCUAAGGGUUUCCCCCAUCCCGAAAGUCCUUUUCUCUGGACCCUCCCACUAGCCCUGCUCAGACAUAGGGGGGGCAUUGUGUCUGUGGAAGCUUAAUGGCAGGUUCCAACAAUCAAGUCUGAGUCAUGGAGACACAUAAUGAUAACCCCUCGUGUCUGCCUCUGAUGGUGUUGUAUAUGCACCUUGUUCCAUGGGAACCACUGAGCAAUCUGCUGGGGACCUUAGGGGUCUCUUUUUGCCUGAUUGUGGACCCCAGAAGUGAACUUCUGCCAUUGUGAGAUGGAUCCUGAAAUGUAGCAGGAACUCAGGCAGGAUGAUUCCACUGGCCGAGUUCAAGCAGUUCUCAGAGCAGCAGCCUGCCUUCAAGUUGCUCAAACCCUGGUGGGACGUACUGGCCGAAUACCUCACAGUGGCUAUGCUCAUGAUCGGGGUCUUUGGCUGCACCCUCCAGGUGACACAGGACAAGAUCAUCUGUCUGCCCAGUCAUGAACCCCGGGAGAACUUAUCUGAGGCCCCGUGUCAGCAACUGUUGUUGCAGGGGGUCCCUGAACAGAUGGAGGGUCUCCAGGAAGUGAGCGGCCUCAAAAAUAACUUGGACCUGCAGCAGUACAGCUUCAUUAACCAGCUCUGCUAUGAGAAGGCCCUUCAUUGGUACCCCAAGUACUUUCCCUACUUGGUUGUCAUUCACACACUCAUCUUUAUGGUCUGCACUAGCUUCUGGUUCAAGUUCCCUGGCACAAGCUCCAAGAUCGAACACUUCACCUCUAUCCUGGGCAAGUGUUUCGAUUCACCAUGGACCACACGGGCUCUGUCUGAGGUCUCGGGGGAGAACCGUAAGGGCCAUGCCACUGGACGAACAACAGCAACUGUGGCUGCUGAGGCAGGGCCAGGGAAGGUGGGGGAGGGUGAAAAAGAGAAGGUGCUGACAGAGCCUGAGAAGGUGGUGACUGAGCCACCAGCUGUUACCCUGUUGGACAAGAAGGAGGGGGAACAGGCCAAAGCCCUGUUUGAGAAGGUCAAGAAGUUCCGUGUGCACGUGGAAGAGGGGGACAUUUUAUACACCAUGUACAUCAGGCAGAUGGUGCUCAAAGUCUGCAAGUUCUUUGCCAUCCUGGUCUACAACCUCAUCUAUGUGGAGAAGAUAAGCUUCGUGGUGGCCUGCACAGUGGAGACUUCAAGGUUCACGGGCUAUGCCAGCUUCUGCUGCAACCACACCAAGGCCCACCUCUUCUCCAAGCUGGCUUUCUGCUACAUCUCUUUUGUGUGUGUCUAUGGGAUCACCUGCCUCUAUACACUCUAUUGGCUCUUCCACCGACCCCUCAAGGAAUACUCCUUCCGCUCUGUUCGGGAGGAGACUGGCAUGGGUGACAUUCCCGAUGUCAAGAAUGACUUUGCCUUUAUGCUGCACCUCAUCGACCAGUAUGACCCGCUGUACUCCAAGCGCUUCGCUGUCUUCCUCUCCGAGGUCAGCGAGAGCCGCCUGAAGCAGCUCAACCUCAACCAUGAGUGGACACCUGAGAAACUUCGGCAGAAGCUGCAGCACAACACCAAGGGCCGGCUGGAGCUGGCGCUCUGCAUGCUCCCAGGACUGCCUGAUACCGUCUUUGAGCUCCGUGAGGUCGAGGCACUCCGCCUGGAGGCCAUCUCUGAUAUCACUUUCCCCCCAGGCCUGUCACAGCUGGUGCACCUGCAGGAACUCAGCUUGAUCCACUCUCCUGCCAGGCUACCCUUUUCCUUGCAGAUCUUUCUGCGGGACCGCCUGAAGGUCAUCCGUAUCAAGUGUGAGGAGCUCCGCGAGGUGCCUCUCUGGGUGUUUGGGCUGCGUGGCCUGGAAGAGCUGCACCUUGAGGGGCUCUUUCCCCCAGAGCUGGCUCAGGCAGCUACCCUUGAGAGCCUCCGAGAGCUGAAGCAGCUCAAGGUGCUAUCUCUUUGGAGCAAUGCCGGCAAGGUCCCAGCCAGCGUGACUGAUGUGGCUGGUCACCUGCAGCGGCUUAGCCUGCACAAUGAUGGGGCCCGCCUGCUGGCCCUUAAUAGCCUCAAGAAGCUGACGGUGCUACGGGAGCUGGAGCUGGUGGCCUGCGGGCUGGAGCGCAUCCCCCAUGCAGUCUUUAGCCUAGGUGCACUGCAGGAACUUGACCUUAAGGACAACCACCUGCGGUCCAUUGAGGAGAUCCUCAGCUUCCAGCACUGUCGCAAGCUGAUCACGCUCAGGCUAUGGCACAACCAGAUCGCCUACGUCCCCGAACAUGUACGUAAGCUGCGGGUCCUUGAGCAGCUCUACCUCAGCCACAACAAGCUGGAGGCCCUACCCACCCAACUGGGCAUGUGCUCUGGCCUCCGCCUGCUGGAUGUUACCCACAAUGGGUUACACUCCCUGCCACCUGAGCUGGGUCUCCUGCAGAACCUGCAACACCUGGCUCUCUCCUAUAAUGCCCUGGAGACCCUGCCUGAUGAGCUCUUCUUCUGCUGUAAGCUUCGGACGUUACUCCUGGGCUACAAUCAACUGACUCAGCUGUCUCCCCAGGUGGGGGCCCUCAGGUCCCUCAUCCGCCUGGAGCUCAAGGGCAACAGGUUGGAGGCUCUGCCAGAAGAACUGGGCAACUGUAGAGAGCUAAAGAAGGCUGGGCUUCUGGUGGAGAACAGCCUUUAUGAGGGCCUGCCAGCAGAGGUUCGAGAGAAGAUGGAAGAGGAGUAAAGCCAGGGAGGGGCAGGUUGCAGUAGAGGCUUUCUGGAUGCUUCCAUCCCAAAAUCUCUACCACUGUCUUUACCACUGAGGUGGCCAGGUGAGCCCAGGCCAGGAGAGGAGAGGAGGAGCAGACAUGUCAGCCCAUGGGGCCCAGGCAAGAUCUUGGGACUGGUUUAUCUGGGGAGAUGGGAAGCUGUGGAUUUGGGGUGGAAUGGCAUGGAGAGAUUAACUCAGUCAUAGAUUCUCAGACCAAAACCACAUCUGUGUCUUGGCUGGCUGGCCUGCCUCAGCCCUGGGCCAGAACUUCUGCCCUCCCCCUGGACAUUCUAGCUCAGUCAGUGCCACAAAAGGGGGUGAGGACACAACCCGAUAGGAUUUCAAUCUUCUCCCCCCUACCAAAGCUUACAUCGGGGGUUCUCUCCCAAGGUGUCACAGACACAAGGGACCAGCACACACUGCCCUGACUUGAUGUUAUUUCUCUUAUUUGGCAAUGCAUCAAAAUCAACAUUCCCAGAAAACAUCACAGGUCCCACCCCUGAAAGUCUGACUCAGGAGCUUUGGCUCGAGGCCAGGAACUUGCCUGUCAAUAAGUGCUCCAGGUAACCCUGAUGCCUGUGGUCCUAGACAUUUAUGUUGGGAAAUGCUGACCUACAGAGGAGGUAUCUAGAGCAGGAAUUCUGAACCCUUUUUAGGUCCCUAGACCCUUUGAGAAUCUGAUGAAAGCUGGACACCUCUUUCCUCAAGAAAAUGCCUGUGUACACAUACAUGCACAAUUCUGUAAACAAUUUCAGGCAGUCAACUCCCCAAGGACUAUUCAUGGGUGUCCUAAGGAUUGUAGACCCCAGGUUAAGAACACCUGCUGUGGAGGAUACAUUUUUAAAAAUAAAUAAUACUAAUUAUCAGAA